AUGGUGGGUGUGUUGGUGAUCCCAGAAGGUGAAACUAAAAAUGCUUGUGGGGUGGAAACUAACUUCAACAUACCACCAAAUACAGAGGACUGGAUUGCCUUCAUUGCAAGAGGAGGCUGUACUUUUAAGGAUAAAGUAAUGGCAGCAGCACAGAAGGGUGCUACCGGGGUCAUUAUCUAUGACCAUUCAUGUGCUGAGCGAGAGAGUCUCAUUUUAACUCGUGAAGACGCUGGUGAGAUUGCGGCUGUCAUGAUCAGCAGUCUGAAAGGGAAGCAGAUUCUUCGCUUGAUUCAGGAAGGUAUUCGAGUAACUGCCAUGAUUGAAAUGGGAGCAACCCAGUGCCUGUGGAAGAUAUAUCUCUGCGCUUACUCUCUCAUUUUGACAUUUGUUGCUUAUGUCUUAAUAUGCUGUACUCCUGGGCAGAUUAUGAUAAGACACGAAGAACGGAGAGCCCAAAUGAUGAAAUCGGAACUCCGAAAAGCUGUUCAUUCUCUUGAAUUGCGGAAGUUAAAAAAGGAUGAAUUUGAUCUGGCAGAAGAAACUUGUGUGGUCUGCUUAGAGACAUACAAGCCAAGAGAGAUAGUCCGGAUUUUAACAUGCAGGCAUAUUUUCCACAAACGAUGUAUUGACCGCUGGUUGCUAAAACGUGGCAUUUGCCCAAUUUGCAAUUAUGCCAUUAUCCAAGGCAACUGA